AUGCUUUCACACCAGAUCCUCCAUUCCAUGGAGAUCCAGCAGGCCUGGACCUUCCCAAGGGAAGGCUUCCCCCCAACAGAACUGCUCAGCUGGGAUCAGGGGACCCCCCCAAGGUGCCAGGUGACGGCCAAGCAGCUCCUGCUCCAGCCCAGGGUCCAGGAAAGAGCUCAGGGUCUCCAGGUUGUGCUCCAGGGAGGAGGAUGCUCUGCGGUUCCCCCCAUCCACUGCUCUCUGCUGGCUUUUGUCAUUUCCACUUUAGUUUUCCAAGUUCCUCAGGGGCACUCAGCUCCACUCACCGUCACUGCACCCCCCGGCCCCAUCACCGUGGCCAAGGGCGAGGACGUGGUGCUGCCCUGCAGCUUCUCCCCGGGGCAGAAUGCACAGGACACGGAGGUGACCUGGUUUCGGGAGCAGUUCUCGCCCUUUGUGCAUCGCUACAAGUGGGGCCAGGACCAGUACAGGGAGCAGAUGGUUCAGUACCAAGGGCGCACUGAGCUGGGGAAGGACGGCCUUGCCAAGGGCAGCGCGGACUUGAGGAUCUUCCAUGUCCAACCAUCUGACACAGGGAAUUACACCUGCUUUGUUCAACGAGGCUCAGAUUAUGACGAGGCUGUGGUGGAGCUCAAGGUGACAGCCAGCGGCUCUGCCCCGCUCAUCGCGCUGGAGCGCUACGAGCACGGGGGGAUCCGGGUGGCCUGUCGCUCUGCCGGCUGGUACCCACGGCCCCGGGUGCUGUGGCACGAUCCCCACGGGCGCCAUCUCCCGUCCCUCUCGGAAAACGCUACCCAGGACAAGAAUGGGCUCUUUGCAGCUGAGAGCAGCAUCAUCCUCACCAGGGCUGGGAACCAGGAACUCUCCUGCUCGGUGCAGCACCUCCCGCACACACCGGGGCAGGGAUCAGCCCUUCACAUCUCAGAUCCCUUUUUCCAAGAUGCCCAUCCUUGGAUGAUUGCCCUGGGCGUGGUCCUGGUUGCUGUGGUCACUCUCCUUAUUAUCACUGUUUAUCUAUUUAAAAUUAAAGGUACGAUCCUGGGUUUGGGGGCUGGGGAAGGGGCUGGGCAGCCAUCCUACUCAGCCACCUCUAGUCCUGAGGGAAAGCAGCAGAAAGAAAUAGGAAAGCAGCAGAAAGAAAUAGAGCAACAAGCCCAGGAACUCGCGAACGUGGUUCUGGAUCCAGACACAGCCCACUGUGAGCUUGUCCUGUCUGACAAUGGCAAAAGCGUGACACGAGUUCAGACACGACAGGGCAUCCCCAAUAACCCCAAGAGAUUUAACGUGUGCCACUGCGUUCUGGGGCGUAAGGGCUUCACCUCGGGGAGACACUACUGGGAGAUGGAGGUCGAGAAUGCAGGAGAAUGGGUUGUGGGGGUGUCUAGAGAAGAUGUGAGAAGGAAGGGUUAUAUUGAGUUUAAACCAGAGGAAGGCAUCUGGGCAGUGGGGAACUGGGGAGGGCACUUCCAAGCUCUCACGUCCGUUAGUCACACUCCCCUUCCCAAAAUCCAGAACCCCAAGUGGAUCCGGGUCUCUGUGGAUUAUGAAAUGGGACAGGUGGCAUUUUUCAGUGUUGAUGAGGGGAUUCCCAUCUUCGUGUUUACACAGGCAUCAUUUGGGGGGAAAAAAGUCUACCCUUGGUUCUGGCUGGGUCCUGGGAUAUGUCUGAAAAUAUGUCCUGAUGAAGAGGAGGCAGAAAGAGAAGGGUCUCCAAGGGUGGAGAUCUCGUUACCUCUCUGCACCUCUGUUCCAUGCUGCAUCUCUCCAAGAUCUUUCUCUGAGGCCAGAUAUGCUGUUCUGGUCCCACUGCAGAUCAGUGGGAGAGGCCAUGGCCAAGACUUUGCGUGA